UAAAGGACAAGCUGUUCUCUCCACUGGGCCGCACUAAUAACCCACUUCCAAUCUUUAUAAUGACUGAGAAUGGCUAUGAGGAUAACACUGCCUUUCUUGGGGAAUGGGGACCGUUCCAACAGAUGGUGUUCUUUCUCUUAUGUUUGAGUAUCAUCCCUAACGGCUUUACAGGUAUGUCUAUUGUGUUCAUCGGUGAUACACCAUCCCACCAUUGCCUCAUACCAGCAAAUGCGAACAUUACUGGCGAAUGGAGAAAUCACAGUAUUCCUUUGGAGGAGGAAAGCGGGACUGUUGUGCUCAGUAAAUGCGCCAGAUACAAACUCGAUGUCAUAAAGAGUUUCUCAGAAAGAGGUUAUGUCCCAGGAAUUGAUGUCAACGUUUCUGAAAUACAACACGAGACCUGUUUGGAUGGCUGGGAAUACGAUCGGGGGACGUACAUCUCCACUAUUGUGUCCGAGUGGGACCUGGUGUGUGCUGAUAAGUGGAAGAACCCAUUGACUUCUUCUGUGUUCUUCUGUGGUGUCCUCACUGGCUCCUUCCUCUCUGGCCAGCUCUCUGACAGGUUUGGGAGGAAAAAUGUUCUCUUUGCCACCAUGGGAGUUCAGACUGUGUUCACAUUUAUCCAGGUCUUCUCUCCAACCUGGGUUGUAUUCUGUGCCUUAUUCUUUGUUGUCGGGAUGGGGCAAAUCUCAAAUUAUGUGGCUGCAUUUGUGCUAGGAACUGAAAUUUUAUCUCCAUCCAAACGGAUAAUCUACUCCACUCUUGGAGUUUGUAUGUUCUACACCAUUGGCUACACGCUCCUUCCAGCAGUGGCCUUCUUCAUCAGAGACUGGAGGAUGCUGAUGCUAGCCCUCACCCUCCCAGGCUUCCUUUAUGUCCCUUUUUGGUGGUUCAUCCCAGAGUCUCCCAGAUGGCUGCUCUCUCAGGGAAGAGUGAAGGAGGCUGAGGCCAUACUGAGAGAUGCUGCCAGGAGGAACAGAGUCACAGCACCAGAGGUCAUCUUCCGGCCUGUACAGUUAGAGGCCAAGGCUGGGAAGUUGGUGGUCCACAACAUCUGUGAUCUGGUGAGGUCCAGCAACAUCCGUUGGGUGUCCAUCACGCUGUGGCUGGUCUGGACCAUUCUGUCCAUCGGGUACUUUGCCUUGUCACUGAACACGUCCAACCUGGCAGGGAGCUCCUAUCUGAACUGUUUCCUGUCUGCUGCCAUUGAGGUCCCUGCCUAUACCAUGGCCUGGCUCAUGUUCCGCUGCUGCCCCCGGCGCCUGUGUCUCUUCUCCACUCUGUUUCUGGGUGGGGUGGUGCUGCUCUGCAUAAACCUCAUACCACCAAAUCUGAGCUCUGUGUCCACUGCACUAGAGAUGCUGGGGAAGUUUGGUGUGACUGCAGCUUUUUCCAUCGUGUACGCCUACACUGCUGAGCUCUACCCCACUGUCGUGAGGAACACAGCCAUAGGGGCCUGUUCUAUGGCCUCCAGAGUGGGGAGCAUCUCUGCCCCAUACUUCAUCUAUCUGGGAGGCUGUUCCAAGUCGCUGCCAUACAUUCUAAUGGGGAGUCUUACAGCUCUGUCUGGGUUGCUUAGCCUCCUGCUGCCUGAGAGCCAUCGUAUGCCUCUUCCAGACACCAUCACUCACAUGCAGACCUUCCCAGGAUGCAAGAAGAGAUCCGUGUAUAAACUGAGCCAAUCUACAGGAGAGGAAGAUGUGUCCCAUACUUGGUGACAGCUACUGGACACCUCAGUUGUUCUUUCAACGUGUACUUGUAUUACCUACCACAUUGUGGAACUAACCAAGAUGCUUAUAAAGCACUUUUUCUAUGCAUUUUCUAUGUAUGAAGUAUCAGUAUUGUUUUGCAUAUUUUGUACUUAAAGUUGAAGUCGGAGGUUUACAUACACCUUAGCCAAAUACAUUUAAACUCAGUUUUUCCACAAUUCCUGACUUUUAAUCCUUGUAAAAUUUCCCUGUCUUAGGCCAGUUAGGACCACUUUAUUGUAAGAAUGUGAAAUGUCAGAAUAAUAGUAGAGAGAAUGAUUUAUUUCAGCUUUUACUUCUUUCAUCACAUUUCCAGUGGGUCAGAUGUUUACAUACACUCAGUUAGUAUUUGGGAGCAUUGCCUUUUAAAUUGUUUAACUUGGGUCAAACGUUUUGGGUAGCCUUCCACAAGCUUCCCACGAUAAGAAUUGCAUUUUGGCCCAUUCCUCCUGACAGAGCUGGUGUAACUGAGUCAGGUUUGUAGGACAUCUUGCUCGCACACACUUUUUCAGUUAUGCCCACAAAUUUUCUAUAGGAUUGAAGUGAGCGGCCUUUCAGUUUGUGUUGAUAUAGGACUCAUUUUACUGUGGAUAUAGAUACUUUUGUUACUGUUUCCUCCAGCAACUUGACAAGGUCCUUUGCUGUUGUUCUGGGAUUGAUUUGCACUUUUUGCACCAAAGUAUGUUCAUUUCUAGGAGACAGAACGCAUCUCCUUCCUGAGCGGUAUGACAGCUGCGUGGUCAAAAGCUGUUUAUACUUGCAUACUAUUGUUUAUACAGAUGAACGUGGUACCUUCAGGCAUUUGGAAAUUGCUCCCAAGGAUGAACCAGACAAUUAGAACCAGACAAUUAGACUAUCAGAAGCUUCUAAAGCCAUGACAUCAUUUUCUGGAACUUUCCAAGCUGUUUAAAGGCACAGUCAACUUAGCAUAUGUAAACUUCUGACCCACUGGAAUUGUGAUACAGUGCAUUAAUCUAUCUGUAAACAAUUAUUGUAAAAAUGACUUGUGUCAUGUAGAAGGUAGAUGUCCUAACCAACUUGCCAAAACAAUAGUUUGUUUACAAGAAAUAUGUGGAGUGGUUGAAAAACAAGUUGUCAUGACUCCAACCUAAGUGUCUGUAAACUUCCAACUUCAACUGUACUUUAUUUGUACUUGCUGAUUUUAUAACUGCACAUGUUUUAUUUUUAUAUAGACUCUUGCCAGGAUUUUGUACCUCACAGAGUAAGAGGACAACAACACAUGUCCUAACAAAAUAAUGAAUUCAUAGUAAAAUGCAGAGAUGAGCCCUUUCACAGCUUCUCAUAGAAAUGUUAGCAACAUAAACAUUUAUAUAUUAAGGUUGAACCAACAGAUUACAUGUAACAAAAAUUAUAUACAAAAUGAUUAUGUGAAAUUGAAUGAAACAAUAAUGUAUGUUGAUGCUAAUAUGAUGUACAAUAUUCCAUUAUGUUUCUAUAUGAUAACAAUAGCAUAAUAUAUUUAAUAUGCCAUAUACUACUUUUUUAACAGUUUCAUUCAUUUUAAUUAACUUAAACAACUUAACCAAUUUUAAUUAACUUAACUAUGACACACCCCUCACUAUUGUCAUUGGUUACACUAAUUGCACUGUUUGUCUACAUAACCUGGUUCAAGUAUUGAUGACAUUACCAUGAGGAAGGCACAGUGAUGCCGAAACGUUGGUAAAUAUCCAUUAAAUUGCUGGGAGUUUAUACGGAGUGUGCAACUUAUUUUAUUUUUAUAGUUUAUUAGCCGUUAGUCAGCACCUCCACACAAACUAUUGUUCUGGGUGUGCGCCAGCUCAUGUUUUUUUUGUUUUUUUUUAUCAACAUAAAGACAGCAAAUAUAUAUUUGUAAUAUAUAAGUACCAGUACCAGUCAAAAGGUUGAACACAUCUACUCAUUCAAGGGUUUUUAUUUAUUUUCACUAUUUUCUUUCUACAUUGUAGAAUAGUGAAAACAUCAAAACUAUGAAAGAACACAUAUGGAAUCAUGUAGUAACCAAAAUAUGUAGAAAAUAGUCAAAAUAAAGAAAUACCCUUGAA